CCAAGUGGACAUUUAUGGUUUUUGUUGCAUUUUUGAUAUUCGGGGUUGUAAUUUAGCCUGGUUGUAGCGAUAUUAUUUGUAAAAUAGAGUGAGAACCUUGUUUACUGAUUGAAAAAUGGCAUCACCGCGUACCCGACGUAAACUGAAUUCCAUACAGACGACCGAUGAAAACCACAAAUGUUUCGAGUGUGGUACGCUGAACCCUCAGUGGGUGUCUGUGACUUAUGGCAUCUGGAUAUGCUUGGAAUGUUCGGGCAUUCACCGCAGCCUUGGGGUCCACUUGUCUUUCGUACGAUCUGUUACUAUGGACAAAUGGAAAGAUAUAGAACUUGAGAAAAUGAUGGUGGGUGGCAAUUUGAAGGCGCGUGAGUUCUUCGAGAGCCAACCUGAUUACAAGCCGGGGAUGACUAUACUUCAGAAGUAUAACACUAAGGCGGCGGCUAUGUACCGCCAGAAGAUCGCGGCGGCGGCGGAGGGCCGUCCGUGGACGGCGGCCGACUACAAGCCGGACGGGCCGGAGAAGCCGGCGGCCGCCGCCGAGUGGGGCAAUUCCAGAGACUUCUACUCGUCAGGUGACAACGCCUUCCACACCAGCGGCUCAGACAACAACAUCAGCUACCAUAGCGAGUACGGCAGCGGACGGUACACGGGGUUCGGCAACACGCCGAAACAGUCGCAGUCUACGCCGAUGUCGCCGAUACACAGCGGCAACGAGAUGGUGGACAACACCCUGGCGUCCCUCGCCUCGGGCUGGUCGAUGUUCGCGUCGUCGGUGAGCAAGGCCGCGCGUACGUGCACCGAGAACGCGGUGCGGUACGGCGAGAUGGCCACGCAGAAGGUCUCCGAGAUGGCCACCACCGUCACAGAGAAGGUAUGCCAACGUUCUAUUCUGGCGUGGAGUUGUAAUCAAAGUUCGCUGGGCGGCAGCGUGGGUGGUGGGGGUGGCGGCGUCGGGGAGGGGGGCAGGCGCGCCUCCAACUCGAGCGCCCACCAGACGCACUCGUACGGAGCCAUGAAGAGUUCCACCUCGGAGCCGUAUUCACAGUGGAACGAGCAGACGCAGCCGUGGAAGGAGUCAGUGGCGGCGCGGAACAACCUGGACGCGCGGGACCUGUCCCGGGUGGGCGUGUCCAGCCCCCCGCCGCCCGCGCGCCCGCCCCCGCACCCGACCCCGCCCACCGCGCACAAACAGAGCGACGACUCCUGGGACUGGCUCAACAACUAG